CAGUUGUGAGGGUUUCAGUCAGCCAUUGAGGGCUGGCUGUUAGUGGUUGAGUGCCUCACCUCAAGCGUCCUAGCGCCAGGGAAGGUGCUGGGUCGCAGACUGCCUCAACUUGUGGCCCCGCUGGUCACAACCUCCAGUCUCUCCUGCUGAGGUGAAACCAAGAAAGGUUUCGCCCCGUCUGUCACAUGGAAGGCGACAGAGGGAGCGGCUGGGCGUGGGCGCUCACACCAGUGCCUGCGGCUCCUCAGGGCCCAUGGGACUUGAGUGGUGAGGGUGUGGAGGCGGCAGGGUUGGUGGAACCUGGCGGGGCUGUGGCGAACGCCCAGACGACAUCCUAUGGCAGCGAGGGCGAGGGAGCAGGUGGGGUCGGGCCGCGGCAGGCUCUUCGGGCUGUAUAUGUGCACCACCAGUGCUCUCAGAGCGGCGAGGCCCACGGCCAAGAGGGAGUGCUACAGUACCUGCAUAGGGCCUGUGAGGCCGAGGGCGCCCGUCUCUUCUCCGUGCCCUUUGAGGAGCUCGACUUCGGGAAGACCUCUGCUCUUGACACCUUCUACUGUGCAGAUAUUGCCAUUGUGAACAUGAGUGACAUUUCCACACAGCCUUCUCUCUUCUACCAUCUUGGAGUCCGUGAAAGCUUUGACAUCGUUAAUAAUGUGAUCCUCUACCAUGAUACUGAUAGUAACAUUACUCUGUCAUUGAAGGAUAUAGUAAUUCAAAAACACAUAGUAUGUAGUGGAAAUUAUUACUUCAUCCCCUACAUUGUGACACCAUCUGCUGAAUACCUUUGCUGUGAGACUGAUGCCCAGUGGCAAGCCACGGAGUACAUGCAGCCCAACGGGGAGUAUUUCUUGGCCCCAGUGUGCAUAUCACUGGUGGACAAGUUCAUUAACCUCAUCAGGAACAUCCAUGUGACUUCACGUGCUUCUCACAAAGAAAACUUGUUAAAUGACAUCCGCAAAGCCAGAAUGAAAUACCAGGGCAAUGAACUGGCGAAGGAGCUGGGUAUGAUCAAACUUCGCAUGGAUAACAUUGAGGUUAUGACUUCAGAUGUCAUCAUUAAUUUACUUCUGUCUUACCGUGAUAUCCAGGACUAUGAUGCAAUGGUCAAGUUGGUAGAAACACUGGAGAUGCUGCCUAUGUGUGAUGUGGCUUACCAGCAUAAUAUUAAAUUCUACUAUGCAUUUGCAAUGAAUAGGAGAAACAGCAUAGGUGACCGUGAGAGGGCACUUCAUGUCCUGCUCCACGUUCUGCAGACCUGCGAGCAACCAGCCCCUGACAUGCUUUGUCUAUGUGGGAGGAUCUACAAGGAUAUCUUUCUGGAUUCAGAAUAUGAAGAUGAUAUCAGCCGAGACAAGGCCAUUGCAUGGUAUUACAGAGGAUUUCACCUCCAGCCAUCUCUUUAUUCGGGAACCAAUCUUGCAAUUUUGCUGAUACUUGCUGGACAACACUUUGAAACUUCUAUGGAACUACAAAAAAUAGGUACCCAGCUGAACAGUUUGUUGGCAAGAAAAGGGAGCUUGGAGAACAUGAACAAUUACUGGGAUGUGAGUCAGGUCAUCAUCAUCACCAUCCUGGGCAAUAAUAUUGAGAAGGCAAUUCAAGCAGCAGAGAGGUUGUUCAGAAUGAAGCCUCCAGUCUGGUACCUGCGAUCAAUAAUUCAGAACUUGUUCAUAAUUCAGAAUAUUAAGAAAUUUGUUAUUGACUGUUCACCCAAGCGAGAACAAUUUAACUUCUGGUUAGAUAUACUUUUUGAAACAACAAUUGAAGUUACUGAUGGAUUUAGAUUUCCAGUUCUGGUGAUAGAGCCAACUGGUGUCUACCAGCCUUCUUAUGUGUCUAUCAACAGUGAAGCUGAGGAGAGAACAGUGUAUUUAUGUUAUGUCUCACCCACAGAAAUGACACAAACCCAUGAGUGGAAUUUUACAGCCUUUUCUAUCAAGGGACUAAGCAUUUCCAAGACUGAUGGACGGUGCUGUUUUCUUUACAAUAAUUUGGAUGACUUUCAAAUCUGCUUUUCUACAGAAAACCAGAGUAACAGGUUUUACUGUUUCGUCAGAGAGAUGCUUACCGAUUCAGUGGACGCUACAAUGGAGCCGGAGAGGGAGACUAGUGGAGACACAUUUGACUUUGAAUAUGACCAUGAUGCAAAUGGGAAGAGAAUUGUCUUGGGAAAAGGCACCUAUGGAAUUGUGUAUGCUGGCCAAAAACUGAGCAAUCAAGGGCAAAUAGCCAUCAAAGAAAUUCCAGAGAGAGAUAGAAGAUUCUCUCAACCUCUGCUUGAUCAGAUAGUCCUGCACAAGUACCUCAAACACCGCAACAUUGUCCAGUACCUAGGCUCUGUUUCUGAGGGUGGUUUCAUUAAGAUCUUUAUGGAGCAGGUGUCUGGAGAAAGCCUUUCUGCUCUCUUGCAAUACAAAUGGGGGCCGAUGCAGGAGCAUGCUAUCAAGUUUUACACCAAGCAGAUCCUGAAAGGCCUGAAGUAUCUCCAUGAAAACCAGAUAGUACACAGAGACAUAAAGGGUAAUAAUGUUCUGGUAAGCACCUGCAAUAAAGUGGUAAAAAUCUCCGAUUGUGGAACCUUCAGACAUAUUGAAAGAGUGAAUCCAUGCAGGGAUACUUCUACAGACAUUCUACAAUACAUGGCUCCUGAGAUUACUGAUGAAGAACCUGACGGGUAUGGUACUCCAGCUGAUAUCUGGUCCCUGGGCUGCAUCAUCAUAGAAAUGGCCACCAGCAGGCCUCCAAUUCGUGAGCUUGCUGAAACACAGUCAGCAAUGUUCCAAAUGGGACUGUCUAAGAGCCACCCCGAGAUUCCACGAACCCUUUCAUUUAAAGCUAGAGCCUUCAUCUUAUCCUGUUUUGAGCCUAACCCUAGCAGACGGGUCACCGCUGCUGACCUACUCAAAGAGGAUUUCUUAAAGCAGACAAAUAAGGGCAGGAAGAGGAGAACUGCUUUCAGUCCUUCAGAGGAUGUCCAGUGUGUCACUGAUACCCUGACCGCACCCUCACUGAGGGUAUGUACAGGCAGUGGCAGCAGCAGCAGUGAACAUGACUCCAUCUCCCCAGACUCUGAUGCCCAGCAGGACAUAUUCACUGACAAUGCCCACGUAUGCAAUUACCAGCCCAGCCACCUUCUCAGUGUUCCUCAUGAGAGUUCAGCCUUGGAAGACCAGGGUGCAGCCUCUUUCCCAGAUGACAGGGAUCUGGGCAUCUUGUUGCUGAACAAUGACUAUCAACGCCGUGCCCUCCUGUACAAAAUCCUUUGGGAUGAGCAGACCCAGAUGGCUUCCAUCUUGCAGGAGUGUGUGGCCCAGAGUUCACAACAGAUGCAUAUCUCAGAUGCUCACAUUAAGCAAGUAAUUGGAAUCCUGAGGAACUUCAUCUACGCCCCGAACCACAGGAUGAUGGCAUCCAUGAUAUCAAAGCUAAAGAUGGACUUAGACUGUGACAGCAUACGCAUCAGUCAGAUUCACCUGAUACUAUCUGGAUUCCAAGAUGCUGUAAAUAAAAUUUUGAGGAACCACUUAAUUAGUCCUCGAUGGAUAUUUGCAAUGGGCGACAUCCUCCGCAGAGCAGUGCAGGCUGCAGUCACCACUCUUAGCCCAGAGUUCCGAGCCCACUUUGAGCCUGCCUUUGAGAUGCAGGUAGAUAAAGGCAUGGAUAAAAUGAGGGACUGCUCCGUAGCACAAUUGCCUGGUGAAGUACAUGUAACAGCCAGAAGAAGCAGACUUGGUUCCAUGGUUAUGCAAGAGGCCUCACCCCACCAGCUGUACCUGACCAUGCUCAGGGAAGAGGCUGACAGAAUUUUAGGACACCUAGUUCAAAGAGAGAGAGAGUUCCAGAAUCAAAUGUGGCUAUCUCUAGAACAGAAAGCUCAAGAACUGCAUCACCUUCAGGUCCAACAGAGAUGUAAUGGUGACACCUGCUCAGCAAUCCCAGCACCUGCUCAGUCACAGAGCACAGAUGAAGAGCUUACAGCUUGGUUGCAACAGCUACAAGUGGAUGCAGAUACAAUUGAAAAGAUUGUUAAAGAGGGUUAUACUCUUUCUGAUAUUCUUGAUCAUAUCUCUAAGGAAGACCUAAAGAGCCUUCAGUUACGGGGUGGUGUGCUCUGUAGGAUCUGGCAUGCGAUUGUCAAGCACCGAAAACAGGAGGACCAGGAGCCCGCAGAGGAUGCGGAUACACCCGAGGACAAUAUUAACUGACAUGUGUGUGGUUAAAGUUUGUUUCCAUACACAACAAAUUCUGCUGAGUUUAAUUCAAUUAAGAACUUAAUGUUUUAAAGAUUUUGCUUACUGAAAUGUUUUAGUCUGUUUAUAAACAUUUUAAAGAUUUAUAGAAGUAUGUUUAAUAUGAAUAGUGUAUCUUAGAUAUCCCAGCAUAUAUGAAUUUUACUUUCAUGAAAAGUUACCACAUCCUACAUUACUUGAAAAGUGUUUAAAAUGAGGCUGGGUAUCUGUUUUAGAGUGUGCCUUAUUUACUAAUAUAGUACUUAAAUGUGAAAAAGAAAAUGGAUAUGUUUAGUUUAUUAUCUAAUGGGAAUGUAACAAGAUAAUUUUAUGUUUAUGUUGAAUGUAUAAUUGGAGAAAACAAAGUAGUUUGGCCUUUGAAAUCUUU